CAAACCUUGAAUUAAGCAAUUAAUCCAGUGACAAAUAAAUUAAUUUGUUUAUCUAAUAUCGAAAGUGAAUUUAAAUAACUGCCUCUCGCCAUUACUAUUUGCGAAUAUUCACUACACGAAAAUAAAAGUGCAAAUAAACCAUCACAUCGAGAACCAGGAUGGCUGCUAAAACGAUUAAUAAAGUUGAGAUCAUCGCUGAGGGAAAUUGCAAAAACUCGGCUUAUGGGAGCAGUUUUCUCGAUGGCUUAAAUAAAAUGCGUGUCGAACAAAAGUACUGCGAUUUCACAUUGGAAGUAGACGGCGAUAUUGUGAAGGUACAUAAGGUAGCUGUUGCCAUUGGUUCGCCUUAUUUUGCAAGGAUGCUUGAGAAUGAUAUGGAGGAAAACAGAGCAGGAACGGUUAAGUUGGAGGCGACAGACUUGCGUACUAUAAAAGCGCUUAUUGAAUACGUGUACACCGGUAUCAUCACACUGACUGAAGAUAACGUUGAAGCAUUGCUCUCUGCAUCGGAUCGGUUCCAGAUUGAAUGGGUGAAGCUGGAGUGUGAGGAAUAUGUGAAACGUAAUCUGAACCCAGCAAACUGCUUGCGGAUCCUAAAAUUGUGUGAUACACCUACUUUUACGUCACUCUACGAUUCCGUUCACAAUUACAUCGUUGAUCACUUUGAUGAUUUAAUUGAAGUGGAAGAUUUACUGCUGCUGUCAUUUGAUGAGAUCGAGAAAGUAAUAAAAGACAACCAACUUAAUGUAAAAUCGGAGGACAAUGUUUAUAAAGCUAUGUUAAACUGGGUUAAACACGAUGCAAAUAAUCGAAAAGUUCAUCUGGCGGAGUUAAUGAGCCAUAUUACUUUACCUCUACUUAGCACUCAGUUCUUAAAAAGCCAAGUUUCUGCUGAACCUAUGCUUACAAAAGACCCAAGAUGUAAUGAACUGUUAGUGGAAGCUCUGUUUUAUAAGUUGACGUCAAUAGAGGAAGGAAAACCUUUGCCAGACAGUUCGAGGACCCGAAAAAGGACCGAACAUAUCAACGAAAUGUUUCAUGUAUUCCUUGUGGGUGGUUACGAUGACACCUCUGGGGCAGGACAUAGAAUGUGCAAAGUAUAUGAUAUUUCUAAAAACAAACUGGUCCCUAUCGCAUAUAUGAAUGAGGCGAGAUAUUAUAAUCCUACAAUCUCAUUAAACGGUGCCGUUUAUUCGGUGGGCGGAUAUGAGAGUAAGCGAACUGCAGAAUGUUACGAUCCAGUUACUAAGAGGUGGAAUUACAUUGCGUCAAUGAAUUAUGGUCGUCGGAAUUGUGGGAUUUGUACGCACAAUGAUUUGAUAUAUGUUGUUGCUGGAUUGAGCGCUUCAAGUGUUGAAAACUAUAAUGCGGCAACUGACCUGUGGCACUUGUGUGCAAAUAUACCCGCAGGAGGCUCUUCUGGGUACACUCGUUCAGCAGUGGUAGAAAAUAACAUUUACAGCGUAGUUGAUAUGCAGUCCGAUGACAUUAAGCUAUGUUUUCGCCUUGACCCUAGGGAAGGUCGGUGGGAUGAUGUAAAAGAAAUGGUAGAAGAAAGCUGUAAUUUUGACCUGGUGUCUUAUGGCCAUUCAUUGUUCUUUAUUGCAAACGAUUGCUGCAAGCGUCUCGACGUGCGUAUGAAUAAAUGGCACUCGAUGCCUUCCCCGCAGUUGGGAAGAUAUGGUUUUUCGGCGGUGAUAGCUGCUGAUGAAAUUUAUAUGUUCGGCGGUAGGACAUCCGUUUUGGCAAGACAAUGGAUUACGAGUGUAGAACGCUUUAAUAUUCGUACUAAUGUGUGGACUACAAUCGAAUCAAUGGAAAUUAAACACGCUAUGGGAGGGGCAGCAGUAGUCAGCGGUUGUUUUGAUUUUGAUGAAAUGUUAAAAGUUAUUCACGAUUCCUAUUAA